AUGGACAUUACAAGUGUGCAAGGACUCAUCGACGCAAGGAAUGCGUUGGAUCGACAUUCUUCUCCGUCUUCGGUAGAUUGGCACUUCGCGGCGCUUUGGAAUCGAUGGUCGCGACGUGCCCUUGCAACGGCGGGCUUCGGAUAUCCUGCAACAAGGAGCCAGACGACUCUUGGAGAUUGGGCUCCUGUCUACUGUCUCACGAGUUCCUUUGCCGGGGCAGUACCUGAAGACGCUCGCGCUGAGACGAAGAGGAGAGAGGAACAAGCAAAGACGGACUGCGAGAGCAAAGGGGGAAAGGCGAGGUACGACGACGAUGCCGGGUUUGAGGUUGGUGUGAGGGAUAGGAAGCCGAACGAGAGUGCUUCAACAUGCGAAAAGGCCGACCCAACCCAGAAGGAAGUCACGCCUUUGCGACCAGUCUUCGCGCUUGACCGACCAUUCUUUCACAUCGAUCUUAGCCAGGCCGUCUCGUCUGCUGUGCGGAAUGCAGGAAUGAUGUGA